UCAGGGGCAGGGCUCCCAGUGAGCCCCAGCUCCUCCCAGUUAAGCCCCAGCACCACCCAGUGCCCGCCCAGUGCCCGCCCCUCACCGGCGCCAUGGGCGAGGGGGAGCCCAGUAUGGCUGACUACCUGAUCAGUGGUGGCACUGGUUACGUGCCUGAGGAUGGGCUGACAGCCCAGCAGCUCUUUGCCACCUCCGAGGGUCUCACAUACAAUGACUUCCUCAUCCUCCCUGGCUUCAUUGACUUCACAGCAGAUGAGGUGGACCUGACCUCAGCCCUGACCAGAAAGAUCACCCUCAAGACCCCCCUGAUCUCCUCCCCCAUGGACACGGUCACCGAGGCCGAGAUGGCCAUCGCCAUGGCGCUGAUGGGUGGCAUUGGCAUCAUCCACCACAACUGCACCCCCGAAUUCCAGGCCAACGAGGUGCGGAAGGUCAAGAAAUUCGAGCAGGGCUUCAUCACUGACCCGGUGGUGCUGAGCCCCACGCAGACGGUGGGGGACGUGUGGGAGGCGAAGGCCAGGCACGGGUUCUCCGGCAUCCCGGUGACGCAGACCGGCAGGCUGGGGAGCAAGCUGGAAGGGAUGGUGACCUCCCGGGACAUCGACUUCCUGGGAGAGAGGGACCAUGGGAUGAGGCUGGGAGAGGUGAUGACCAAACGCAAUGACCUGGUGGUGGCACCUGCUGGCAUCACCCUGAAGGAGGCCAAUGAGAUCCUGCAGCGCAGCAAGAAGGGCAAGCUGCCGAUCGUCAACUCCAGCGACGAGCUGGUGGCCAUCAUCGCCCGCACGGACCUGAAGAAGAACCGGGAGCACCCUCUGGCCUCCAAGGACGGCCGCAAGCAGCUGCUCUGCGGGGCGGCCAUCGGCACCCGGGAGGACGACAAAUACCGCCUGGACCUGCUGGUGCAGGCCAGCGUCGACCUCGUGGUGCUGGACUCAUCUCAGGGGAACUCCAUCUACCAGAUCAGCAUGAUCCAGUACAUCAAGCACAAGUACCCGGAGCUGCAGGUCAUCGGCGGCAACGUUGUCACUGCUGCCCAGGCCAAGAACUUGAUUGAUGCUGGGGUGGAUGCCCUGAGGGUGGGCAUGGGCUGUGGUUCCAUCUGCAUCACCCAGGAAGGUAGGUGCCACCUCCCCCGUGCCACCCAGUGUCCCCUAACCCCACCACUGGCUCCCAACUGGGAAGGGUUUUGGGUGAUGGCCUGUGGGAGGCCGCAGGGCACGGCUGUCUACAAGGUGGCAGAGUACGCCAGGCGCUUCGGCGUGCCGGUCAUCGCUGACGGCGGCAUCCGCACCGUGGGGCACGUGGUGAAGGCCCUGGCCCUGGGGGCGUCCACUGUGAUGAUGGGGUCCCUGCUGGCUGCCACCACGGAAGCCCCUGGGGAGUUUUUCUUCUCGGAGGGGGUUCGGCUCAAGCAGUACCGAGGCAUGGGCUCCCUGGAUGCCAUGGAGAAAAGCAGCAGCAGCCAAAAACGUUACUUCAGUGAAGGUGACAAGGUGAAGGUGGCCCAGGGGGUGUCAGGCUCCAUCCAGGACAAGGGCUCCAUCCAUAAGUUCGUUCCCUACCUGAUCGCUGGCAUCCAGCACGGCUGCCAGGACAUCGGUGCCAGGAGCCUCUCGGUCCUGAGGUCCAUGAUGUACUCAGGGGAGCUGAAGUUCGAGAAGAGGACGAUGGCAGCACAGAUCGAGGGGGGGGUCCAUGGCCUCCACUCAUACGAGAAGCGGCUGUACUGAGGAGGGUGCCCGCAGUGCCACCCCCACCCGGCAGGACCCCCCCGGACCCUCCCGACGGCGGUAGGUGCCAGGUUGGCACCCAGGCUGGCAUUGCACUAU